AUGGAUAUCACGGACACAAAGUCUGCUUCGCCUAUGACGGCAAAUUCUACACCUUCACACAAGAAGAAGAAAGCGAACAAGAAGAAGAAGGAACAACAAGAUAGUGGCGAACAAGAAGGCCUACCGGCAUCGAGAUCAAACUCCCAAAGUCCCACUGAGGAAGCUAAAGACAGGGACAGUGAGCUUGGGGACGACGAUGUAGAAGGGGAGAAGAAAGAUGGCUCGGAAAUCGCGAAUUGCGCGCCUUGCGCUCCUAACGGCCGAGAGAAUCUGCAUUAUUUAAACGACAAUAAAGACGACCAGGAUGCGUUACGGGACAAUCUAGCGAAGGGGCUCAGAAGGACUCAGGAGUUAGAGGGGCUGGUGGAAGCUCUAAAAAGACAGUUGGAGGAGGGUUCAUCAACAGCAGAGGCUAAAGCGCAGGCUAGUGAAGAGCUACAGCUGGAAAGAUUGAAAUCGCAGGAGCUGGAAAAAGCUGUACAAGAUUUGAAGGCUCAGCUUUCUGAGAAGUCGGAACCCAUAGUAAAGAGUACAGCUAUGCAUGAGGGGCUUCGCGGUUUGGGUGGAGAAUCUCCGGCACCGAAGGAAAUGGAUACUGCCAAACUGCGACAACUACUUGAGAGAGAGCAAGAAUUUCGGGAAAAGGACCGUCUUGAUGCAGAGCAGAGGCUAGCGAAAGUACAGGAAGAAAAACAACAACUAGACACUCAAUACAAAGCGCUCCUUGGAAGGGUUGCACACAUCAGAACAACUCUCAGUGAUAAACUGAAAUCUGACGCAGAAGAACUCGAACGUACUCGGAAUAUGGUGGAUAACUUAGAGGAAGAAAACCGAGCUCUCAAUCAAACCAUAAACAAUCUUCAGGCCAGUCUAGAAAAAGCAAAUGAGGAAGGCUAUGAUGCUUCAAAGGAACUCUCAACACUUCGGAGUAGAUUAAAUCUCUCACAGCAGAAUUGGAUUAAAGAAAGAAACGAUUUAAUCAGUGCAGAAAAAUACUCUCGUGAGGAGUAUGAAGCUGCCAAACAGGCGAUGCAGGAAUGGGAGAUUAUAGCAACAGAGGAGCGAUCUGUGCGGGAAUCAUUAGGAGACCGUGUAAUCGAAUUAGAGGAACAGCUGGCCAAUCAACAAGCAGCAUACGAUAAAGUUCUCUCAGAAAGGGAUAGGGAGUCUAGUACAGUUGACGGUCUUCAAAGAGCGUUACAGGAUAUACAAAAUGCACGUAAGCAGGAAUUGCGGGAAGUUGUUGAGACCAUGGAGGCGCAAAUAAACCAACUAGCAUCAAAAGGAGAAGCUCUAGAGAAACGGGCAAAGGAAGCCGAAGCACAGUUAAUUGUAGCUCAGCGGGAUCUUGAGCGUGUCCUACCAUUUGAGAAAGAGGUUAAAGAGAAGAACCUUCUUAUUGGAAAACUUCGUCAUGAGGCCGUCACGCUUAACGAUCAUCUUAGAAAAGCUCUUCGUAUGUUGAAACGUGACAACGCUGAUGACAAGAUUGACAAAAAUCUUGUGACAAAUGUUUUCCUUCAGUUUGUUAGCAUACAAAGAGGGGAUUCUAAGAAAUAUGAAAUUCUUCAGCUAAUUGCCUCUGUACUUGACUGGAAUGAUGAACAACGUGAGAAGGCCGGCCUUGUUCGACCAGGUACCGCUGCCAGUUCACAGAGUUCUUUCCUCAAAACGCCACCGUUGUCUCCAUUCCACCGUUCACCGAGCACACCAACUCUUAGUGAUGCAUAUGAGGGUAGCAGAGAUAUUUGGGCGUCGGUUCUAGAUUCUGAGAAGCCCUAA